AUGCCGCUGAACUAUUCAAAAUGGGACAAUCUUGAGCUCUCAGAUGACUCUGAUAUCGAAGAACACCCAAACGUCGACAAGAAGAGUAUGAUCCGAUGGAAACAACGAGACAUUCAUGAAAAGCGAGAAGCUCGUAAACUUCAAUUAGCCAAAUUGAAAUCUGAGCUCGAAUUGAACUCGGUGCUAAGACCACGUAUCGCAUCUAUCAUGACUGGAGUAUCACAAAAAGGUCUUGAUCACUAUCGAUCUGUUCAAAGAAGAUUCAAAGAACAGCCUUCAGACGAGAAACCAAAUACCGGAUCACCCAAUCAACCCACAUAUGAUAUGAUGAUAUCACAAUUACUUUCUGACGUGUUCAGGGAAGCAGCUUGGAUAGUCGAUGGUGCAGAGAUCAAAGAUGGUAAUGUCUUUGUGGACGGUAAGAAGAUUGAUGAAAAAUCAGGUCAACCGGAUUGGUCAAAUGAGAUGAAUAUAACGGAAUCAAAGAAAAAUGGUUUAGCUAUUACUUUAGAAGAAAGAUUGAAUUGGCAUAUAAAAGAAUUGAAUAAAAGAGAUGACAACGUCAAGAAAGAGAUUGAAAAAGAAGAAAAAGAAAUGAAUAAGAAGAUUACAAGUGAAGGUAUACAUGAUGGAUGGGAUGUUAGUAGUGUCAAUAAAUCAAAACCAAGUCCACUGGAUGAUAAACCUAAACCCAAAUCAUCGUCUUCGAAGAACAAGGAGAAGUCUGAAACUAUCGAAGUUUUGAAUCCUAAAUCUGUAGAAGCUUCUACUUCAUCAGCAACGGAAUCGGACGACGAAGAUUCUUUUGGACCUUUAACACCAUCAGCAAGAGCAUUCGCUAAUAUCCCCAUCGGUGGCUUUGAGAAAUCAUUUGCAUUCAUUCAAAAGGAUUCCUCAGUGUUGUCAGAGUCCACCCACGAUUCACUAUUAGCUGAAGCUUUUGAAGCUCAAAGAAGGGGAGAUAAGGAAUUGGCAAAGAGAUGUGUCCAUCAAAGUCUAUUAGUCAACUACUGUCGUCAAUUAGGCAGAGAUGGAGUAGGAUUGUUCUUUCAGAAAAUGAUCACACGCAAUCCCAAAUCAAUUGAGAUGUUUGUACAAGAUUUCAAUCAAACAUACGGUCGUAUAGCUCAACGAACAGCCGAGAUGAUUGCCCAAGAAGAAGCUUCGGGUGAAAGAGAGCAGAUUCAGUUAGUAGCAGAAGAUCCAUCUAUGGAAAUCGGAUUCAACCUUCCGGACGGUCCACCUCCAGCUGAUCUGAGAUUAGAAGGUGAAGGUACAAAAGAGAUGGAUAUCGAACAAGUCAAAGCUUUCCUUCAAAGGAAAUGGGAUAUAUUCCAAAAUUUCCCUGACGACUUGAGAAAUGCAUUAAAAACCGAAAAAUUGGAUGAAGUGAAUCAGAUUCUAGGGAAAAUGAAAGUUGCAGAAGCGGAAGAUGUUAUCGAGUUGAUGCAAGAAGGUGGGAUGUUGAGUUUCAGUGAAAAAGGUGUCAGAGAUAUGACACAGCAGAAAUAA